AUGGCCGCGUCCACCGUCCCGGCGGCUUCCGUGGCCGCGCUGCUGGUGGUGCUGCUGCUGGUGGUGCUGCUGCCUCCGCAGCCGGCGGCCGCAGCGUCCGGGCAGCCGCCGGUCCGGUGCGCCAAGUACCAGCUGAGCGCGUGCUACUGCGGCCGGACGACGUACGACCGACAGGAACUGUACGCCGUCAACUGCACGGGAACGGGGCUGAACAUGCAUCAGAGCAUGGAAGUGUUCCUGAACCUGCCUAGCGAGACCGAGGUGCUGAUAUUCACUGGCAACAAAAUGCCCGAGCUGCCAACAAACUUAUUUGGCGUCAACAGCACCUUGGACAAACUGCGAUUCCUGGACAUGUCCGACAACGGCAUAAAAGUGAUCAAAGGAAAGAGUUAUCAUCACGUUUCAAAAGUCGAACGGCUGAUACUCAACCACAACGAAAUCGGGUUGAAUGACAUUGGAUUGCAUCAUCCUAGAGUAUUUUCAAACUUUGAAAGUUUGAUAGAACUACAUCUCACUAAUGCUUUUGCUGAUGAAGGUGUUGUGAACAUAACUGCCGACUUGCAUGAAGUAUUCGUUUACAGUAAUUUAAGUCGCUUGGCCAAACUUCAUCUUGAACAGAAUAAGAUGAGUGUCAUAAUAGAACCUGAUGUUUUCUGCUCAUUGCCUCGUCUCCUCGACUUACAUCUCAGCAUCAAUGAACUUACAGGCAUUGAUUUUAAUAUAAAGUGUAUGCCACAUUUGCGUUUCAUUGACUUAGAAGGUAAUCUUAUACGUGGACUCUCUGAAGAACAAUUCUCCGCCUUAGAUAGUGUACAGAAAAAUAGAUCUCUGGCCAUCGACUUGUCCAAUAACCCAUUUUCGUGUGGCUGUAACAUUGAAAACCUAUAUAGUUGGUUGCGUACCACUAAGGUAAGUGUUCGCAACUCUGAUUCUAUAAGAUGUAACCAAGAUUUGCCAAAAAAUCCUCUUGACCCAUAUGCUGCUUAUCGCAACGAUUGUCCAACUCCAAUACGCACCACAUUAAUUGAUGGUGGUCACGGGGGACACAAAUUGGUAAUGCUGUUUGUGUUCUGUGCCGUAGUUGCAUUUUUGGGUGUUGUAGUAUAUGUAUCUAGAUUUGGAUUGAAACGAUUGAGACCUGAAUUUAAUACUUCUUCGAGAAAGAUACACUACACAACUAUUGGAAAAUGUGAAGAACAAGAAAUACAUGUAUGA